AUGGCGGCGGUGCGUAGGCCUUGGUCCGUCCUGGUCGUAGUACUGCUUGUCCUGCUCGCCUGCCUGGGAGCGCUGGUGGACAGCUACCCUGCCAAACCCGAAGCUCCCGGCGAAGACGCCUCCCCCGAGGAGCUGAGCCGCUACUAUGCCUCCCUGCGCCACUACCUCAACCUGGUCACCCGACAGCGGUAUGGGAAAAGGGACAUCCCAGAAGCUCUAUUCUCCAAACUGCUCUUCACCGAUGACAGCAAAAACCUCCCCAUCAGGUCUCGGCCAGAAGGUGCCUACCAAUGGUGAAGAGCCCCAAGCCCUCCAUGGAGAUG